GCAACAGCGUCCACACAGAAAUAACAUAAUGGGCAAUGGCAGAAAUGUAACCACAUAUAAGAUAAUCACAGACUGUAAAAAUAAACAGAUAACGGUCAACACAUGCAGGGCUUUUGUCAUGAAGGGGCGUGUCACAUUCAUGUGUUACAUACAAGGUGAAAGACCUAUGUGAAAGACUGCUCCAUGUCCAUGUUGCUGCUGUGACCUAGCUACUUCUGAAGCACUGACCACCAGAAAAGAAGCAUAAAAUAGCCAUUUUCAUCAAAAGGCAGGUUGUACGGAAUGAUGGCGGCUUCUUUGCUGAGGAUAGGACGACUGGGCUGUGUCAAGUGUUUGCAGGCUGAGAGCUGGAGUACUCUAAGCAGAGCCCCUGCAGCUGUAGCCUAUAGCUCAAAAUCUGGUGGUUCCAAGAAGUCGUCAAAAAAGAACAGCUCAGACAAAGACCAGGCCAAAACAUAUUUUGAUAUAGAGAAACUUGUCCAGCACAAGCCAUAUGAGUUUCCAAAGAAAGGCAUGUCUCCAGCAGCCGCUGCAGCAGCAGCAGAAGCUGCAGCCAAACCAGCCGUAGAGCCUGUGCCCUCUGCUGCUGCACCUGAGGCUGUUGCCACCAGCCCUGUGGUAGAAGCUGCCACCCCCGCGGUCAAAGAAAUCUUGCAAUCUGCCUCAGCAGUUGAAGUCCCACCUGUGGUGGAGGCUGUCACUGAAGCUGUGGUUGAAGCUGUUGCAGAAACUGCACCUGUGGUUGAAGCUGUUGUUGAAGCUGUCGCAGAAGCUGCCCCCGUUGUUGAAGCUGCCCCCGUUGUUGAAGCUGUCGCAGAAGCUGUACCUGUAGUUGAGGCUGUCGCAGAAGCUGCCCCCGAUGUUGAAGCUGUCGCAGAAGCUGCCCCCGUUGUUGAGGCUGUCGCAGAAGCUGCACCUGUAGUUGAGGCUGUGCCUGAAGCUGUGCCUGAAGCUGCACCUGUGGUUGAGGCUGUUGCAGAAGCUGUUGCCGAAGCUGUUGCAUCUAUAGCUGAAGCUGCUGCUGCGGAAGCUCCUGCUGCACCCGCAGCCCCUGCAGCUGAAGCUGUCGCCGCAGUCAGCGAUGCCCCUGCUGCAGAAGCUACACCAGUUUUGGAAACUGCCCCUGAAGUUGCUCCUGCUGAAGCCCCAGAGGCUGCAUCUGCCGAAGCUGCCCCUGUAGAAGCUGCUGCAGAGCCUGUAGAAGUUGAAGCUGCUCCCAUUGAAGUGGCUGCUGAGGCUGCAGCUGAAGUUUCAGCCCCUGUGGAGAGCACCGAGGAGCUGGUAGACCCUGCUCCAGUCAUAGCUGAAGCUGCGGGAGAGGAGCUGCAGGCGGACAUCCCAGCUGAACCAGUAGAACCAAUUGAGGCUCAAAUGGACCCAAUUCAGAAGCUCUUCUUUGACUCUAUUCGCGAGUACUCCACAAAAAGCCAGGCUUCUGGGGGGCUAGUGGAUGCAGGUGCAGAGUAUGAAAAGGCCUUGGCAGAGGAAGUAGCAAAGCUUCAGAGACUCUAUGGUGGUGGAGACCUCACAUCUUUUCCAGAGUUCAAAUUUACAGAGCCCAAGUUGGAUGAAGUUUCCCAGAAGUGAACCUCAGCACUUUGCCGUUAACCUUUUUCUAAUGUCGCCUUUUCCCUGUACAUCUUUGUCUGCUUAAUGUCAAAGUUGCAAUAAAAAAUUGUCUCUAGCUUUGUAUGUGAGAGUGGAGCUGUUUCAGUAGCUAGAUAUUUUAAGGUGAUGGAAGCUAAAGCAUUAGAUGUACAUUCUGGCAGACUAAGUGAACUUAGAGCUGUGAAAUAAGCUUUGUGCAGAUUGAUCCAUGGCUGAGCUGAAUGUGAAUAAAAACAAUAAAUUCCAGUUCA